UUUUCAUUGUUAUACCAAAUGAAUGUUUCAUGAGAUGAGUUUUGUUGCCAUUUUAAAAUUAUAUUAAUUCAUCACCUGGACGAAGGAAUUUAGAUAUAAACCUUGUUUAACAGGUAGAAGAAAUUCAACAUAGAUUUUAAAGAAAGUCCUCUUUACCCAACAGGCCCAAGAUGGACAGCCAAUAUAAUGUCGAAUCAACAGAGAAAACAACAACCACAACUAGCUCCAGUGGAGAUGUUGGCUUGGAUAAAAUUUAUAUGAAAUCUAUAGAUUCCAUAUUGAAAAUAGCUGAAAUGAUCCUAAGUCUGAUCAUAUUUAUCUGUGUAACCUCCCACCCAGGGUACUCCCUCAUUGGAGGAGGAUGGGUACAGUUUGUGGCCAUAUCUUGUCUGAUUACUGUACUAAUUCUAUGGAUCUUCUUUAUGCUGCGUAUAAUCUACAAACUACCAGGACCCUGGAUGUUAAUCAUCCUGAUUUACUAUGUAGUGUAUUGUGUGUUUUUUUUAAUAUCAUUUCUGGUAUGUGCCAUACAAGCUGGAAAUUACUAUCAAAAUGGUGGCUUAAUUGCUGGAGCUGUAUUCUGUGUGUUCAUCCUGGUUGUCCUGGGUGCAGAUACCUUCUUCCAAUUCCGUAAGUGGCAGGACAGUGGCUCCAGCUUCUCGGCUAGAAGUACAACUUCCUCACCUGGUGGAGCUGCCACCACAACGACAACACAUACCACCUACGAAACACGUACUCAGUACUAAUGUGACAGCAACUGAGUGGUUCUAAAUUUAGAUUUUUGUUUGUAUUUGGUAGAAGGGUGUAGUAAAGAUAUGAUGUGAAAUUUUAUAUGCAACGCAAAAUGUGUGUAGCAAAUUUAUACAUUGAUUGAAAUUUGAAUUAGGUCCAUCUGGUCAUCAUCAAAGUGGAUCAAUAUAAAUAUUGAGACUGCUUUUUUAUUUUAAAGUAUAUAUAUAAUAUGAAAAUUUUAAAUUUAUUCCUCCACAAAAAAUCUUCAAAUUUAAUUCUAUAAUUUUAUUUUUUUUAAAUGAUAAUGUGCUGACAAGUUUGACUUCUCGACAAAAUCUUUCCUUUCGCAAUAAAAUCAUUUUUUAAUGCUUCUAUAUCUUUGGUUGCAGAUAAAAUGAAAUAUUAAUUUUUACUUUUGUCAAUAAAAAAGUAAUUUUGAAAUUUAUCAAUUUUGGAAAGCAUUUACAUAAUAUACUAUAAUUGCAAAACAAUAAGAUAUCAUUUGAAGGAAAUAAUAGUGAAUUGCAUAAUGAACCUAAAGAUUGAAUUAGGAAAAUACUUCAUGCUUAAAAAUACCAUUGACUAUAACAAAUUGAUUAAAAAAAUAUGUCUAUUUGACUGACAUUGUAUAUUGAGCGACAUAAAAUUUAGUUUGAUAAAGAGGUUUACAAUAGGUGACCACACAUGAUAAUUCGAUAAUCUGGUUUUGUUAAACAAAUUCCUCAAUUUGAAGCAAAUAGAACCUUUUUACAACAUACUUAACAAAUCAUGAUAACAUACUCAGGCUCAUUUGAUGGUUAGGUGGGGAGAGGUGGUUUCCAUGCUUGAGGAUCAAGACUAGUUCUAUUGUCAUAAAACACCUGUGAGUCCAUUAUAGAAGUAAAAAACUCUUGCCUCUGAAAAACAUGUCAAAUAAUGCUGAGGCUGAUUUUCUUUAAAUGGUAUUUUUAAAUGCAGUGUAAAUGUAAGAUGAUUUUAGAAGACAAAAAUAUACUAAUUAGUAUUGUUUAAUGUUAUUAUGGAUAGUUUUUAUAUACUGUGUAUCAUUAUAUGUAUAUUUGAUGUUAAUUUAUUACUGCAGUAUGGGUGUAUUUAUGUCACAUAUAACACAUAGUUUAUAUACUAAAUGCAGCAAUCACAUUACUCCCAUCAUUUCUUAUUGAUAAAACAAGGUCAGAUCCUGGAUGACAUUGUGGUAAAACCAUUGCUAUAGGUAAUCGCUAGCUUUUUUAGAACAUUAUCUUGUAAGAAAGACAAAAAAUAAUUGGAAAGUUUAAAAAAAAUCCUUACCCGCUAUAUUAAUUGAUUAUAUAACCAAUAUAAGUUAGAGGGCUGAUAGUGGUCAUUAAGGUUAAUACAGACAUAGGGUUUUUGUCGUGUAAUAUUUACUUUGAAUUUGAUUCACUUGAUACAAUAAAGAAUUUGAAAUAUUGCUUGUCGUUGAUUUUAAAGACCUUUCAAAUUCUUUUAUAGUUUUCUUUGUAUUUGGGUUUCAAUUUUACUUUCUGUAAAUAAGUGGCGCUUAACACGUACUGGUAUAUAAAUCACAAAGUAAAAAUACGAUGUGUUUCAUUUUGAAUGUAAUGUGUUUAUCAUGUAUAUAUUUUUGAGACACCAGUGGAGACUUUCAUUAUUUAUUUUCUUUUGGAAGAAGUAAAAAUGUUGCAAAUAAUUUUGACAACUAACAAUAAGAUUUGAAAUUCAUAUUAUACAUAAUUAAGGACCUUUAAUAAAUAUCAAAAUAUUUUUCCAGGCCAUGUACAGUUUUUCAAAAGGUUAAAACUUUCAAAAUUAAAUACAGAUUUUAAUAAAACUAAAAAAAAAAUUUUGCAUGAAUUAUUUUUGCAGUCUAUUGUGUAAACUUUGUCUUUGACAUAUUUUUUCUGCUUUUGUCUUAUUUCAUAUCUGAUUUUGUUGUUGGUGUGAAUAAUAUUCCAUUGUUUCAUUCAGGGUUUUGCUAAAGAUAUAAUUUUAAUAUUUUAUUAAAUUUGUUUAUCAUCUCAUAUGUUGUUAUUACACAUUUUAUAAAUGUUUCACAUGUUUAUAAAUAUGAUUAUGUUGUAUAAAUCAUUAGUGUUAUGUGGUUUUACUGGCUGAUAUAGUUUUUCAAAUACUUUAAUUUUCUGUUCAGUAUUUUUUUCGGUGUAGAUAAAAAAAGCCUCUCAUUUUUUAAUUUUAAUAAAACCAAUAUUUUUAAUUUUAGUAUUUGGUAAUUAAUUACAACUCCAAUGAUGAUACUGCAGAGUAUUUUUAUUAAUAUAACAAUAUCUGAGUGUAAAAAUAUUUUGUGUCUAUACUUUGUUAUUUACAUUUUUACAAUUGAUGCUCAAUGUUAUUUAAAAAAAAAUAGUUAACAAAUAAAUCAAUUUGCACAUGACUGCACCGAUUGUCAAGUUAGAAUGCUUAAAAUAUAAUUUGGAUAUAUCAUAUCAUAAUAACCUAUAGUGAAAAGCUAAGUUGAACAGAAUCUUUUUGCUAUAAAGUUUUACUUAAACUGUUAACCUGAGAAUACAGAUUGUGAUGUUUUGCAGUGUUUAAUUACAUGUAUACAUAUCUCUAGUUUAGUCAUACAUUUUUUGUGAUAAAAUUUCAUUGUCAGCAGUAAUUGGUAUUUUAAUUUUUUUAAUGUUUUUGUUUGUUUAUAAUAUUUUAUGUUUAGCAUUAAUUUGAAAAGCUUUAACUUUAAUCAUGUAAUUAUUUCAUCUUAAGCUUUUUUGGGAUUAUUAAAAAGAAAAGAGGGACAAUUUUUGUUUGCGAAUAAUGCGAUUAAGAAAUGGAUAAAUUAUGAAUUUUUAAACAAAAAAGAGUUUAAAAAAUUGCAAGUUAAACAGAAAUGCUAUUCCACACAAAUUUUGAUGAAAUUAGACUAUAAAUAUUUAUUUUUAUUUUUUAUAUAUCGUGGGCUGGUUUAAUAUUCUUCUAUUUUUAAUACCAUUUAAUUUUUGAAUUUUUACAAUAUUUAUUUUCUUUUAUUUAGUAGUAUGUUAGGAUAACUGUUCAUUAAAAAAUAUUUUUGCUAAUUUCAGCUUUUUUAGCAUUUUAUAAGAUCUGUAGAGAGACAAGAAUACUCAUUUGAGGUUACAUUGAAUAUUAAAAGUUCCAUUCAAAAUGUUUUUACACAAACAACCUCAAAAAUUAAACUCUGUUUAAUAUAAGGAACUGCUAACUUAAAAAUAGUAUGUAAUUUGUUUUUUCAAAGAUAAAAAGAAAGAAAAUAAAGUUUAUACACAUUUUCUAUUUGAUUUUUUUUUUAAUUUGAUAAAAAGUUUACUUCUUUGACUAUUCUCAGUUGAAAAACAUUUCCCUUGAAGCUAAACAAUUGCAUCUAAAACUUUUCAAGUUAUAUGAGUUUUGUGUAUGAUCAUGUACAUAGUUAUUGUACUAGAAUAUAUAAAUAAUAUGUCAACAUUGUUUUUUGUAUAUCUGUUUAAUGGCAUAAUCCUAAAUAGAAAUAUCUGUAUUUUGUCACAGAGCAGCUAAUAUAGAAUCCUGCUUAUUAAAUAUAGACUUAAAUAGAA